AUGUCUAAAAAGGUGGGAGCAAUGGGUGGUAACAUGGGGGCAGAAUUUGACGAUGGUGUUUUCGACGGCGUGAAGAAAAUAACUGUGGCAAUAGAGGGAAGUCCUUCUGACUGUAUAUCCUAUAUCAAGAUUGACUACGGAAAGGACGGGAAACUUGACAGCCGUGAACACGGGACAAUUCGUGGGGAACUAAAAGAGUUUUCAGUGGAUUAUCCGAAUGAAUAUAUUGUAUCCGUUGGUGGGAGCUAUGAUCAAGUUCAGUCAUAUGAAGCUGUGCUGAUCAAAUCACUAAUCUUUAAAACCAACACUGGGAAAACAUCUCCGGUAUUUGGUGUGACAACUGGGACAGAACUCAUGCUGGAGGGUAAUAAUGGAGGAAAGCUUCUUGGACUCUUUGGCCGCUCUGAUAAAGCUCUUGAUGCCAUUGGAGCUUAUUUCGACACUGGUUCACUAGGAGGUGUGGCACCACUCGGUGGUAAAAAUGGAGCAGACUUCGACGAUGCUUACUUCGGACCGCUUGGUGGCAUCAAGGGAACACCAUUUGACGAUGGUGUUUUUGAUGGUGUGAAGAGUAUAACUGUCGGAGCUGAUGAAUUCAGUAUAAUUUAUAUCAAGAUCGAGUACGAAAAGUGCGGAAAAGUUGAAAUCCGUGAACAUGGGACAAACCGCGGGGAACUAGGAACGUUUUCGGUGGAUUAUCCGAAAGACAAUAUCACGGCCAUUGGUGGAAGCUACAAUCAUAUUUUCAACUAUGAUACAACGCUUAUCACAUCGCUGUACUUCACAACUUCCAAAGGAUAUACCUCUCCCUUGUUUGGUAAGACGAAGGGAGCAGACUUCGAGCUCAAAGCGGAUAAACGUGGAGGAAAGCUUCUUGGGUUCUUUGGCCGCUCUGGCCAAGCUCUUGAUGCUAUCGGAGCUUAUUUCGGUCCACCAGAAGGAGUGGGACUGCGCGGUGGUAUACAUGGAGAAGCAUUUGAUGAUGGCAUUUUCAUUGGUGUGAAGAAAAUAACUGUCGGAAUAGAGGGAAAUCCUUAUAAUUGUAUUUCAUAUAUAAAGGUCGAAUACGAAAAAGACAGGAAAGUGGAGACCCGUGAACACGGGACGAUUCGCGGAGAACUAAAAGAGUUUUCGGUUGAUUAUCCAAAUGAAUAUAUCACAUCCGUUGGUGGGAGCUAUGAUCAUGUUGCUCAAUACUAUGGAACAGUACUGAUCAAAUCGCUAAUCUUUAAAACCAACACUGGAAGAACAUCUACGGUACUUGGUGGGGUAACAGCUUCUGGAAAACCAGCUGGGAGAGAGUUUUUGCUAAAGGGUAAACGUGGAGAAAAGCUUCUUGGGUUCUUUGGACGCUCUGGUCAAGCUCUUGAUGCCAUUGGAGCUUACUUCGGACCGCUUGACGAGAAGGAAAUAAUGUCUAAAAAGGUGGGAGACAUGGGUGGUAACAUGGGGGGAGCAUUUGACGAUGGUGUUUUCGACGGUGUGAAGAAAAUAACAGUCGCAAUAGAGGGAAGUCCUUUUAACUGUAUAUCAUAUAUCAAGAUCGAAUACGAAAAGGACGGGAAACUUGACAGCCGUGAACACGGGACAAUUCGUGGGGAACUAAAAGAGUUUUCGGUGGAUUAUCCGAAUGAAUACAUUGUAUCCGUUGGUGGGAGCUAUGAGCAUGUUCAGUCCUAUGAAAGUGUACUGAUCAAAUCAUUAAUCUUUAAAACCAACACUGGGAAAGCAUCUCCGGUACUUGGUGGGACAACAAGUUGUGGAAAACCAGCUGGGACAGAGUUCAUGCUGGAGGGUAAAAAUGGAGGAAAGCUUCUUGGAUUCUUUGGCCGCUCUGGUCAAGCUCUUGAUGCCAUUGGAGCUUACUUCGACACUGGUUCACUAGGAGGUGUGGCACCACUCGGUGGAAAAAAUGGAGCAGCCUUCGACGAUGGUGUUUUCGAGGGUGUGACAAAAAUAACUGUGGGAAAAGAGGGAAGUCCUUUUAACUGUAUAUCAUACAUCAAGAUCGACUAUGAAAAGGACGGGAAAGUUGAAAGCCGUGAACAUGGGACGAUUCGUGGAGAACUACAAGAGUUUUUGGUUGAUUAUCCGAAUGAAUAUAUCACAUCUGUUGGUGGAAGCUAUGAUCAUGUUGAAUACUAUGAAACUGUGCUGAUCAAAACACUAUUCUUUAAAACGAACACUGGGAAAACAUCUCCGGUACUUGGUGGGACAAAAGCUGGGACAGAAUUCAUGCUGGAGAAUAAAUAUGGUGAAAAGCUUCUUGGAUUCUUUGGACGCUCUGGUCAAGCUCUUGAUGCUAUUGGAGCUUAUUUCGGUUCACCAGGAGGUGUGGGACCGCGCGGUGGUAUACAUGGAGAUGCAUUUGAUGAUGGCAUUUUCAUUGGUGUGAAGAAAAUAACUGUCGCAAUAGAGGGAUUUCCUUAUAACUGUAUUUCAUAUAUAAAGAUCGAAUACGAAAAAGACAGGAAAGUGGAGACCCGUGAACACGGGACGAUUCGAGGAGAACUAAAAGAGUUUUCAGUGGAUUAUCCAAAUGAAUAUAUCACAUCUGUUGGUGGGAGCUAUGGUCAUGUUCGAUACUAUGAAACAGUGCUGAUCAAAUCGCUAAUAUUUAAAACCAACACUAGAAGAACAUCUCCGGUACUUGGUGACGCAACAGCUUCUGGAAAACCAGCUGGGACAGAGUUUUUGCUAGAGGGUAAACGUGGAGAGAAGCUUCUUGGAUUCUUUGGACGCUCUGGUCAAGCUCUUGAUGCCAUUGGAGCUUACUUCGGACCGCUCGGUGGCAUCAAGGGAACACCAUUCGACGAUGGUGUUUUCGAUGGUGUGAAGAGUAUAACCGUCGGAGCUGAUGAAUUCAGUAUAACUUAUAUCAAGAUCGAAUACGAAAAGUGUGGAAAAGUUGAAAUCCGUGAACAUGGGACAAACCGCGGGGAACUAGGAACGUUUACGGUGGAUUAUCCGAAGGACUGUAUCACGGCCGUUGGUGGAAGCUACAAUCAUAUUUUCAACUAUGAUACAACGCUUAUCACGUCGCUGUACUUCACAACUUCCAAAGGAUAUACUUCCCCUUUAUUCGGUAAGACGAAGGGAAUAGACUUCGAGCUCAAAGGUGAAAAUGGAGAAAAGCUUCUUGGAAUUUAUGGACGUGGUGGUACUGCUAUUGAUGCCAUUGGAGCUUACUUCUAG